CCAACUAUGUACCAUGUAGAUGAACUGACUUGAGCAACAUACCUCUCUCCAACCAUGCAGCCGAUUGUCAGACGAAAACUGCCAUCGCGUUUGCGGUGUAUGUUAACAGACAUCGGUCCUAAAGAGGAAGACCCUCUGGAUCUAGAGACGGAGGAAGAUCCUGUUGAAAAAGAUGGCAUUGUACUUCCCAGAAGAGGAGCGUCAAACACCAGUGACCUUUUGGCCCCUGCCAUAACAAAUGACACCACAAAUGCUGGAUCCAUGCCCCAAGUCUGUGGCCUGUGUUUAUCCCAGCCAUAUAAGUAUACCUGCCCACGUUGCAACAUAACAUACUGCAGCUUGGCUUGUUACAGAAGCCCAGGCCACUCUGGAUGUUCUGAAGAAUUCUACAAAGAAUCAGUGUUUGAGGAGUUGAAGAAUACAGGGCUGACAGAGAAGGAAAGUAGAGAGAAGAUGCAUGAUAUUUUACUCCGGUUGAGGAAGAACGAGGGACAGAUGGAAAACCUCACAGAACAGCUGGGAGAGGAGGUGGAACCGGGUGGGCCAGAGGCCCUCCAACUUCUCUCUAGGCUCGCAGAGAUCCAAGCCAGUGGUGAGGAGAACACAGAGGAGGUUCAGAAUAUACUCCUCAGGCUCAGAGACAUUGACAAAGGUGGGGAUGGGUCACAGGUGCAUGGCCUCCUUGACGAGGAUGACGAAGAAGACGACGAUGAUGAGGACUUGGCAGAUAGGUUAGCUGGCCUUGACCUUGACUCUCUGUCAGAGGAAGAGCUGUGGGCUCUGUUGGGAAAGGAGGACAGAGAGAAAUUUGAGCAGCUGGUGAAAGGUGGUGCCAUUGGAGGACUGAUACCCAUCUGGAAGCCUUGGUGGGAGGCCCAUGACCGACCCAAAGAACUUCUGCUGGAGGUCCUGAGUGAAGAGGACACAGCUCACAAGCAGGAUGAGCUGUCUGUUGUUCCAGAGGACAAGAGGAUGAAGGAUAGCGAAGGAAAAGGUUCGAAAUCAGAAAGGACUGAAGGUGCUACUGGUGGUAUGAGUGCUAAAAUGACUGAGGAUGUCAAAGUAAAACGUGGAAAUAAAAAUAAGACAACAUCCAAGCAGAAAAACAUAGAUCAUGUUGAAGACACUAAUAUGAAAGGAAAAAAUAAACCCAAUAGCCGUGUACCACCUGUAAACAUGAGUAAGAUUCCACCCCUUCUCUCACUCACCAAGAAUCCUUCUCCUUUACUGGGCAACACGCUCGUCAAUGUAUUGUACGGCUACACAUUCUCUCUGUGCCUUUUCAAUGGCGAUCUCUCUGAAGAGGAGAUGACCCAGGACUUUUGCCAGAUGGUGCUGGUCGUCUCCGAGGGCCUGUCCACAGCCAGGGUCUUCAGCUCCCCACAGGAGGCUCUGGAGGUGGCUGUGAUGGCAGUGUCUGCCGGUGGAUACUUUGACCGUGAGGACCCGCAAGCCCCGGCCAGAGCCGUGGAGGCUGUGGCACAUGUGUUGAGUGGACAGAGCAGCCGUGACCCUGUCGGAUACUGCCUGGCCGCCCUGUCAGAGCUGAAGGCUACCCUGGCUAAAGCCAGAGCGCUCUUGCCUAAAGAGGGCGAGGGAGCAGAACUUCGGAAGAGGUAUUUCCAGGCAGCUAAGAAGUGUGAGUUCUUGCAGUCAUGGGCAAAGGAGAAUACUCAGGGUGUGAAGAUCUUGGCGGCCGGGGUGUGGAGGGAGCAUUUGAAGAGAGACAACGAGCGGAGAGUUUUGGAAGUGGGGAAGGUGGAAGCAGAGCAGAGCAGGAGGAAAGGAAAAGGUCCUCUGAUUGAGGAAAUGACUACAAAAAAAGAUUAAACAGGAAAAAAUGCAAUCGUUCAUUUAACAUUAGAAUGUCUGUAAACUUUGGUUUAAAUAAAAGUUUAUUUUCCCAACAAA